AGUACCAUUCAUGACCCACCCUCAACCUCAAGUAAAUAAGCAAGUACUCACAUACCCACCUAUUUUCACUUUUAGAAUAAACAGAGUUAUGCUGGAGUUCGAGUUUCAGGAAGGAAAACGACACGACGUUUUGUUCCAUCCUAAAUAAAGAACCUUUGUCGAUUAAGUGUACUUAUUAUUGUAAGAUGAACCUGAAGAACAUCAAGGACAACAACUCACGACUAUAAUGAGCAGCAUCGACAAGAUGUCGUCAUCGAAUAAGGCAUCGAAUAGCAGCUCCACGACCAAGCCCUCGAAAAAAGCCGCCGACGAGAAGCAGAACGCCCUUGUCAUUGGCAACGGCAUCAACGGCAUCAUGAUUACCAUGCUCAUCAGCAUCAUCGUCCCACAUGCACGACGAGAACAGCAUUCCGUUCUUAUCGAGCCCCAGAUUGGCAUAGUACGCUCCUUGCUGACAGGCUACAGCAUCGGGGUACCGGGCGUAGCAAAUUGGUAGGGUAUGCAGAGAAAAAAGAUGUCGAUGCUCUUCGCAGUCACACUAUUGCUCCUACAUCUUCUCACUGUGAAUGCAAAAAGAAAACGUACAAAAGUACGUUCUGCACUGCGCUCGCUCGUUUUCAUGUGGUUUGUGUGCCGAGGGAUUUGAGUUUAGGCAUAGUGAUGAGAUGCUUUUUCGGUCCUCGGACAUGCUCGCCUAUUCGGUUCCUGUCUUCUACCUGAUUCGCAUGCCCGAGUUGGAUCGCGCCUCGCUCGCCUUUUUCGUUUCCUCGCUUUUCUUAGAGUCCGGACGCAUCUCGGUUUCGGAUGAGAGAAGGUGUGGCGCAUACGUACGUAGGUCUGUACUAUGUACAGGUUUAGAGCCAGCGCAGCUGAAGCCCUACUGUGUUGGACUUCCGG